AUGGUGACUGUGGAACUGGAAACCACCCCUACUCCUAAUCCCACACCUACAGAAGAAGAGAAAACAGAAUCUAAUCAGGAGGUUGCUAACCCAGAACACUAUAUUAAACAUCCUUUACAGAACAGAUGGGCACCCUGGAUUUUUAAAAAUGGUAAAAGCAAAACUUGGCAAGCAAACCUUCGGCUGAUCUCUAAGUUUGAUACUGUUGAAGACUUUUGGGCUCUGUACAACCAUAUCCAGUUGUCUAGCAGUUUAAUGCCUGGCUGGGACUACUCACUUUUUAAGGAUGGUAUUGAGCCUACGAGUGAAGAUGAGAAAAACGAACGAGGAGGACGAUGGCUAAUUACAUUGAACAAACAGCAGAGACCAAGUGACCUCGAUCGCUUUCGGCUAGCGACACUGCUGUGCCUUACUGGAGAAUGUUUUGAUGACUACAGUGAUGAUGUAUGUGGAGCUGUUGUUAAUGUUAGAGCUAAAGGUGAAAAAAUAGCAAUGUGGACUACUGAAUGUGAAAACAGAGAAGCUGUUACACAUAUAGGGAGGGUAUACAAGGAAAGGUUAGGACUUCCUCCAAAGAUAGUGACUGGUUAUCAGUCCCAUGCAGACACAGCUACUAAGAGCGGCUCCACCACUAAAAAUAGGUUUGUUGUUUAAGAAGACACCUUCUGAGUAUUCUCGUAUGAGACUGCGUCAAGCAACUGAGAUUUGGGAACUGAACCAAAGCCUCUUCAAAAGCAGAGUGGACUGCAUUUAAAUUUGAUUUCCAUCUAAAUGUUGCUAAGAUAUAAGAGAAGUCUCAUUCGCCUUUGUCUUGUACUUCUGUGUUCAUAUAUAUAUAUAUAUAUUUUUUUUUUUAAUUUUGGCUAGAGUGUCCACUCUCCCAAUCAAAGAAGUAUAGUACACAUCGUCCCCAGAAUCCAUAAAUGUGUUCCUGGCCCACUCUGUAAUAGCUUAAUAGAAUUAACCAUUAC